AUGGGUGAAUUCGGGAUCUUCUGCAAAUACUUGCUCUUCAGGCUGGCUGCAGGGGAAGAGCAGAAAAAUGGGCUCUCCUUCUACACCCGAGUGCUUGAAAACUGCGAGGACGAGGCCAGGUUUGAUGAGACCUUCCGCUGGCCGGUGGCAAGCAAUAUCGACGGGAAUGAGAUCCUGGAGAUCCAGGUGUUCAACUACAGCAAAGUCUUCACCAACAGGCUCAUUGGCACUUUCCGGAUGGUCCUGCAAAAGGUGGUGGAGGAAGGGCAGGUAGAGGUGACAGACACGCUCAUAGACGACAAUAAUUCAGCCAUUCAGACCAGCAUCUCCAUAGAGAUCAGGUACCAGGCUCUGGACGGGACAGUGGGCACAUGGAACGACAAGGAGUUCCUGGAGACCCCCAGUGUCCGCUCAGAGGGGGAUGGCAGGUACCCCUUAGAGACAGAGAGCCUCCUCUCCGGCCACCGGCAGGGCACGGACAGCUCUCCGGGCAAAUCCAACCAGCAGUCCGCAGAGAGGAGCUUCAGAAGAGCUGGGAAAGGAGUUUUUUCAGCCAUGAAGCUUGGCAAGACACGUCCGUCAAAGGAUGACCAUCGGAAACAAGAUGAACCCGCUGUUUUGGAGGCAGAAGACCUGGACCGAAAAGCCAUGAGACAGGGAUGUGGACUGGAGCCAGACACCAUCUCCUUGGCCUCCGUCACAGCUGUCACCACCAACGUUUCGAAUAAGAGGUCCAAGCCUGACAUCAAAAUGGAGCCGAGUGCUGGGAGGCCAAUGGACUACCAGGUCAGCAUCACCAUCAUCGAGGCCCGGCAGCUGGUUGGGCUCAACAUGGACCCCGUGGUCUGCGUGGAGGUUGGAGAGGAGAAGAAAUACACAUCCAUGAAGGAAUCGACCAAUUGCCCUUACUACAAUGAGUACUUCGUCUUCGAUUUCCACGUCCCCCCGGAUGUCAUGUUCGACAAGAUCAUCAAGCUGUCCGUGAUCCACUCAAAAAACCUCUUGCGCAGUGGGACUUUGGUAGGCUCCUUCAAGAUGGACGUUGGAACCGUUUAUACCCAACCUGAGCACCAGUUCUACCACAAAUGGGCCAUCCUUUCAGACCCCGAGGAUCUCACCGCCGGGCUGAAAGGUUACCUGAAGUGUGACGUCGCCGUGUUAGGGAAAGGGGACAACAUCAAGACACCACACAAAGCCAAUGAGACGGAUGAGGAUGAUAUUGAAGGGAACCUCCUCCUCCCGGACGGGGUCCCUCCGGAGAGGCAGUGGGCCCGUUUCUACAUCAAGAUCUAUCGAGCAGAGGGACUGCCCCGUAUGAACACCAGCAUCAUGGCCAACGUGAAGAAGGCUUUCACUGGCGAGAACAAGGACUUGGUAGACCCCUAUGUGCAGGUGGUCUUUGCAGGGCAGAAGGGGAAGACAACCAUACAAAAAAGCAGCUAUGAGCCUCUCUGGAAUGAGCAAAUAGUCUUCACAGAAAUGUUCCCUCCAUUGUGCAAGCGGAUAAAGAUCCAGAUCCGAGACUCGGACAAAGUCAAUGAUGUGGCCAUUGGUACCCAUUUCAUUGAUUUGCGGAAGAUCUCUAAUGAAGGAGACAAAGGCUUCCUGCCCACCUUUGGCCCUGCGUGGGUGAACAUGUAUGGCUCCACUCGGAACUACACCCUGAUGGACGAGCACCAAGAGCUGAACGAGGGUCUGGGUGAAGGCGUCUCCUUCCGGGCCAGGCUUUUGAUGAGUCUUGCUGUAGAGAUCUUGGACACCACCAACCCGGAGAUCAACAGCUCCACCGAGGUGCAAGUCGAGCAGGCCACAUCAAUUGCUGAUAACUGCACUGGGAAGAUGGAGGAGUUCUUUCUCUUUGGAGCCUUCCUGGAAGCUACCAUGAUCGACAGGAAGAUUGGUGACAAACCCAUCAACUUCGAGGUCACAAUAGGUAACUAUGGGAACCAGAUCGAUGGCAUAAGCAAACCUAUCCUGCGGAGGAAGAAAGAGGGAGGGGAUGGGGAUGAGGAGGAGUCCGAGCUGCUCCAGAACUCAAGUGAGGAUGAAGGUGAUGAGGAUGGAGAGCUGGCCUCUGUUUCCUCAUCUCAACCCGUGAAGCCCCUGGUCACAGACAGGAACUACUUCCACCUGCCGUACUUUGAGAAGAAGCCCUGUAUCUAUAUCAAGAGCUGGUGGCAGGACCAGCGCCGCAGAUUGUAUAACGCCAACAUCAUGGACAAGAUUGCGGACAAGCUGGAGGAAGGGCUCAACGACGUGCAGGAAAUGAUCAAAACGGAGAAGCCGCACCCGGAGCGCCGGCUCCGAGGGGUCCUGGAGGAGCUGAGCAGUGGGUGCUUGCGCUUCGUGACGUUGGCUGACAAGGACCAGCACCACUCCUCCCGCACAAGGCUGGACCGGGAAAGGCUCAAGUCCUGCACGCGGGAGCUGGAGAACAUGGGGCAGCAAGCCACGACUCUGCGGUCGCAGGUGAAGAAGAACACGAUGAAAGACAAGCUGAAGCUGGUGCAAAACUUCCUGCAGAAACUCCGGUUCUUGGCAGAUGAGCCCCAGCACACUAUUCCCGACAUCUUCAUCUGGAUGAUGAGCAACAACAAGCGCAUUGCCUACGCCCGCAUCCCUUCCAAGGAUAUCCUCUACUCCAUUGUGGAUGAGGAGAUGGGCAAGGACUGCGCCAAAGUGAAGACCGUCUUCCUCAAGCUACCCGGGAAGAGGGGGUUUGGACCUGCUGGCUGGACAGUUCAGGCCAAGAUGGAGGUGUACUUGUGGCUAGGCCUCAACAAACAGCGCAAAGACUUCUUGAGUGGCCUGCCCUGUGGCUUUGAGGAGAAGAAGACCGCCAGAGGCCAAAACCUGCCGUCCUUCCCACCCAUCAGCCUCCUUUACACCAAGAAGCAGGUUUUCCAGCUGCGAGCCCACAUGUACCAAGCCAGGAGUUUAUUUGCGGCUGACAGCAGUGGCCUUUCAGACCCCUUUGCACGAGUCUUCUUCAUCUCCCAGAGCCAAUGCACCGAGGUUCUCAACGAGACCCUUUGCCCGACCUGGGACCAGCUGCUGGUCUUCGACAAUGUGGAGCUGUAUGGGGAAGCUCAUGAGAUGCGGGAUGACCCUCCCAUAAUUGUCAUUGAGAUCUAUGACCAGGACACAGUGGGCAAAGCUGACUUCAUGGGCCGCACCUUUGCCAAACCAGUGGUGAAGAUGUCGGAUGAGCACUACUGCCCCCCGCGCUUCCCCCCACAGCUGGAGUACUACCAGAUCUACCGGGGCAACUCCACAGCAGGCGACCUGCUGGCUGCCUUCGAGCUGCUCCAGAUUGGCCCUGGGGGCAAGUCAGACCUGCCCCCAAUCGAUGGCCCCACAGACGUGGACCGGGGCCCCAUCCUGCCAGUGCCACUGGGGAUUCGGCCGGUGCUGAGUAAAUACAGAGUGGAGAUCUUGUUUUGGGGGCUGAGGGAUCUGAAGAGAGUGAACCUGGCCCAGGUGGACCGGCCCCGGGUGGACAUUGAGUGUGCUGGGAAGGGGGUCCAGUCAGCCCUCAUCCAGAACUACAAGAAAAACCCCAACUUCAGCACUUUGGUCAAGUGGUUUGAAGUGGAUCUCCCGGAGAAUGAGCUGCUUCACCCACCCCUCAACAUCCGGGUGGUGGACUGCCGGGCUUUCGGGCGUUACACCCUGGUGGGGUCCCACGCCGUCAGCUCCCUCCGAAAGUUCAUCUACCGCCCACCAGAUAAGAAAGCCCAGCACUGGAAUAUGACAGCUAAACACCUCAACGGCUAUCUGGCAAUGGCCAAUGGGGCCCAUCGCUCUCACCCCACAGGGGAGAUCGUUGUCAAUAUGGAACCAGAGGUUCCCAUCAAGAAGAUGGAGACGAUGGUGAAGCUGGAAGCUAACUCCGAUGCGGUGGUGAAGGUGGACGUGUCUGAGGAAGAGAAGGAGAAAAAGAAAAAGAAGAAGAAAGGAGGAGGAGGAGAAGAAGUAGAAGAGGAGGAGCCGGACGAGAGCAUGCUGGACUGGUGGUCCAAGUAUUUUGCUUCAAUUGAGACUAUGAAGGAGCAACUCCGGCAGCAGGAAGCAGCCGCAGCAGAAGCGGAGGAGAAGGAAGAAAUGGAGACUGCAGAGGGCUCCAAAGGUCAGGCGAAGAACAAGGAGAAGUCCAAGGCACCCAAAGACGAUAAGAAGAAGAAGCAACAGUCAGCCCCUGAGCUUCCCGAGAAGAAGAACAAGCAGAAGAUUGACGAACUGAAGGUCUUCAACAAAGAGCUGGAAACAGAGUUUGAUAACUUUGAGGACUGGCUGCACACCUUCAACCUGCUCCGUGGGAAGAUUGGGGACAACGACGACAAUGCAACAGAAGAGGAGCGGACAGUGGGGAGGUUCAAAGGCUCCAUGUGUGUCUACAAAGUGCCGCUCCCUGAUGAUAUCACCAAGGAGGCAGGAUACGACCCCAACUUUGGCAUGUUCCAGGGGAUCCCCAGCAACGACCCCAUCAAUGUGCUGGUCCGAGUCUAUAUUGUGCGGGCCACGGACCUUCACCCAGCUGACAUCAACGGGAAAGCCGACCCCUAUAUUGCCAUCAAGCUGGGGAAGACGGACAUCAAAGACAAGGAGAACUACAUCUCCAAGCAGCUGAACCCUGUCUUUGGAAAAUCCUUUGACAUCGAGGCCACCUUCCCCAUGGAGUCCAUGCUGACAGUGGCGGUGUACGACUGGGACUUGGUGGGGACUGACGACCUCAUUGGAGAGACCAAGAUUGAUCUGGAGAACCGCUACUACAGCAAGCACCGAGCUACAUGUGGGGUGUCACAGACUUACUCCAUACAUGGUUAUAACACCUGGCGUGACCCCAUGAAGCCCUCCCAAAUCCUGUCCAAGCUGUGCAAAGAGGGCAAGGUGGAUGGGCCGCACUUUGGGCCAGGAGGAAGAGUGAAAGUUGCCAACAGGGUCUUCACCGGCCCCACGGAGAUUGAGGACGAAAAUGGUCAGAAGAGGCAGACAGAUGAACACCUGGCCCUGACUGUGCUGCGCCACUGGGAGGACAUCCCACCUGCCACUGAUAUUUCCCCCAGGAAACCAAAGAAGUAUGAGCUUAGAGUGAUAGUGUGGAACACAGACGAGGUCAUCCUGGAGGACGAUGACUACUUCACCGGCGAGAAAUCCAGUGACAUUUUUGUCAGGGGGUGGCUGAAGGGUCAGCAGGAGGACAAGCAAGACACGGACGUCCAUUACCACUCACUCACUGGUGAAGGCAACUUCAACUGGCGCUACAUCUUCCCCUUUGACUACCUGAUGGCGGAGGAGAAAAUCGUCAUCUCCAAGAAGGAGUCCAUGUUCUCCUGGGAUGAGACCGAGUACAAGAUCCCAGCUCGCCUCACCCUGCAGGUCUGGGAUGCUGACCACUUCUCGGCCGACGAUUUCCUCGGUAAGCGGGGGGGGGGUCUGCUGUGCUGGGGCAAUGGGGCGGCCAGCAGGGAGCCCACGGCUGGACACAUAGGGAGCAGCAUGGUGACGAACGAGGCAGAGCUGCCCAUGGUCUCCAUCUUCAAGCAGAAGCGGGUGAAGGGCUGGUGGCCGUUCGUGGCCAGAGAUGAGAAUGAUGAGCUGGAGAUUACCGGGAAAGUGGAGGCUGAACUGCACCUUCUGACGGCAGAGGAGGCAGAGAAAUCCCCCGCUGGGCUGGCUCGCAACGAGCCUGAUCCACUGGAGAAACCCAACCGCCCGGACACGUCCUUCAUCUGGUUCCUGAACCCACUCAAGUCCAUCAAAUACCUCAUCUGCACGCGCUACAAGUGGCUCAUCAUCAAAAUCGUGCUGGCCCUGUUGCUCCUCAUCAUGAUCGCCCUCUUCCUCUACAGCAUGCCAGGCUACAUGGUCAAGAAGCUGCUGGGAGCAUGA